CCGUCAUGGCGGACCCAGAGGUGUGCAGCUUCAUCGUCAAGGUCCUGUGCGCCCACGGGGGCCGCAUGACUCUGGACGCGCUCCUGGAGGAGAUCGCGCUCUCCCAGGGCCAGCUCCGCCAGGUGCUGGAGGACGCCGGGCCCGACCGCUUCGUGCUGCUCCAGACCCGCAGCAGCACCGGCAGCACCUGGUCAGUGGUGGCCAACACUCGAGCCCGCGUCUGCCGUCGCAAGUACUGCGAGCGAGGCUGCGACAACCUGCACCUCUGCAAGCUCAACCUGCUGGGCCGGUGCCACUACACGCAGGCGGAUCGGAAAUUAUGCAAAUAUUCUCACUAUGUUCUCUCGGAGGACAACUUUAUAGUCCUGAAAAAGUACGAGCUCUCUGGGCUUAACCAAGAGGAACUAGCCGUACUCCUGGUCCAGAGUGACCCCUUUUUUAUACCUGAGAUCUGCAAAGAGUACAAAGGAGAGGGACGCAAACCGACGUGCAGCGAGCAUGCAGCGUGUGAGAGGCUGCACAUCUGUGAGCACUUCACCCGCGGGAACUGCAAGUACCUCAACUGCAACAGGUCCCACAACCUGAUGGACAGAAAGGCGCUCGCCAUCAUGAGGGAGCACGGCCUGAGCCCAGAGGUGGUUCAGAACAUCCAGGACAUCUGCAACAACAAGCACGCUCGCAGGAACCCGCCCCGCUCCAGAGCUCCCUUGAAUCAUAGAGCCCCACCGGCAUCACGAGGUCGAAGCAAAAGUAGAGACCGAUUUUUUCAGUCCAGCCAAGAAUUCAUUUCAACUGCUUAUAAGCCCUGCACACCCAGCCUGGGUGCCAUGGGUUUUUCGCCUUCUCUCGAGGAUGGUAUUAAUAAUCUUGAGGAGGAGUUCAGCUGUCUGGGGCGUGAGGAUCUGGCUCAGUCUUCCUCAGCCUCAGCUAAGGUUGCCAGUCUAGGAGGAGCACCUCAAGCAGGAGGAAGCCAGAGAGCAUCAAAGGAUAACGGUCCCGACAGCUUCUUUUACAGGAAUCAUUCCGAUUCAACAUCCAGCCAGGCUGUUUCUAGCUCUCUCCUUGGUUUUACAAAAACACCUGAAGCCAUAACCUCCAACAAGAGCCUGGGGAAUGUUUCAUCAGAUCAUGUCAAAGGCAAGAGUGGAACUCAAGACAUCCAGCAAGUCCUUCUUAAAAAUAAGGCCAACGGAGUGGCUGCAGAUCUAACUUCUCUAAGAUCUGUCAGUUACAGAGCCGCUGCCAUCAAUGAUCAAAGAGAAGUAACCUUGUCUGGGAACCAUCUGAACAAUGGAAGUACUUUCUGGGAUCUCCAGACCACUGGCAAAAAGACUGGUGAUGAUAAUGACCCAGAAUUGACAUUUUUGAAUGGUUUGGGCUUAAAAACAGCAGUCACUGGAGAAAAAGAUGCAUUCUAUUUGAGAAGUAAGGGUCCACGAAGCCAGGUCCCAGCCACCCCUGGGGAAGCCACUGCUUCUGCAGGAGUCAGCAUGCUGCCCCAAUCACCUCCACCUUCCUCUGUCAGAAUUGGAGACUAUGGGGCCCAAGGCUCCGCCCACACUCCUAUGAACACCAAUGAGCUCUCAAGAAGGUCUACAGGUUCUGCCCAGAAUUCCAUGUCUAGGAUCUCAAGUAUCACAUCUACAAUGAAUAAUGCUGGCCCAAAGGAAAUUUGUCUAGACCAUCUGUAUAUGGGUUGUAAAGUGAAUGGCAACUGCAACAAAAUACACUUUCACCUGCCCUACCAGUGGCAGAUUCUGAUUUCCAACACCUGGAGGGACUUGCCGGCCAUGGAGCAGAUCGAGGAGGCCUACUGUGACCCUCAGAAGCACAAAAUUUCAGUAGGGAGCCGUGAAAUCGAUUUCAAGAAGAUGAUUUGUGAUUUUCAUCCCAUCCGACGCCUCUCCACCCCUUCCGCUGCCGUCCCAGAGCUGGCCAAUGCUGUCUUCACCACCAAAUGGCUUUGGUAUUGGAAGCACAAAUCUGGUAAAUGGAUUCAAUACGGAGCAGAGUAUGACAACCAACCCAGUUCAGACAUCGACUCUUCCUACCUGGAGUCCUUUUAUCUGUCCUGUCCCAGAGGAGUUGUGCCAUUUCAGGAGGGUUCGAGGAACUUCGAGCUGAGUUUCCAAGGGAUGAUUCAGACAAACAUUGCUUCCAAGACGCAGAAGGAUGUCAUCCGAAGGCCGGUGUUUGUUUCUUCGCGGGAUGUGGAGCAGAUCAAAGCAAGAGCAGUCCAUCAGCCUCUGGGGAGCAGGUCAGAAGCUUUAACUUCGGAAUUUCAUCUUCAGACAGUGGCUGACUCCCUCCCUGCCAGUACCUAUGAGUUGUUGGAGCUGAAUAGUUACUGUCAGGAAUAUGCAACAAUUAGUGAACAGUUUAAGACUUCUAUGAAAAAUUUCAAGAUUGAAAAGAUAAAGAAGAUCAACAAUCCAAAACUCUUGGAUACUUUUGAAAGUAAGAAAUGGACGAUGAAUAAGAGAGACGAGAAACUUCUCUUCUAUGCAACAAGCCGUGCCCAUGUAGAUUCCAUCUGUGCAAAUAAUUUCGACUACGUCUUACAUGGAGCUCAUGAAACCAAAUAUGGAAAAGGCAAUUACUUUACAAAAGAAGCCAUCUAUUCCCACAAAAGUUACGCAUGUGAUACCAAAAAUACCGUCAUGUUUGUAGCCCGAGUCCUGGCUGGAGAGUUCAUCGAAGGAAAUAUGGCGUACACGAGCCCCCCUUCCAUGUAUGACAGCUGUGUGGAUACACGGUUGAAUCCUUCUGUCUAUGUCAUCUUCCAGAAAAGUCAGAUUUACCCAGCAUACGUGAUUGAGUAUGUGGAAUCAGAUAAAGCCUGUGUGAUAAGUUAAGGAAUGGCAAAUAUUAAUGAUACCUACCCAUUUAAUUUUCUUACAGGACCAAAGUGCCCCAGAUAAAUAGGGUAGAUUUUGAUAUUUCCUUGCCAGGUGACCUAAUGCCUUAAAAUUAGUAGCUUCCAAGCUUUGCUGUACAAAAUUUCCAAUGCCUAUCUUGGACCACUCUCCCAAUUAAGUCAUUCCUUCUGAGGGUGAUCAUCAUGCAGAGCUAAGCUGUUUUGUUUUUUCUUGUUUGUUUGUUUUUGUCGGUCAUAGGGCUUGAACUCUG